AUGCUCUGUUUUUAUAUCGCAGCACCACCAACAACAACAACAACUACAUCAACAUCAACAACAACGACAACAACAACAGCAGCAUUAAAGAGUUGCUUUUUGAAUCAAAUUACGUACUCAACCGAUAGUGGACCAUACUCAGUAACAGUAGUCGAUGUGAAUAAUGACAGCAAACCCGAUAUUGUUGUCCCAAACGAGUAUUCAGCCACCGUCGGUGUUCUUCUCAACAAAGGCAAUGGUACGUUUCUGAAUCAAACUACUUACCCAACUGGCAGUUGGCCAUGCACAUUAGCAGUAGUCGAUAUGAAUAGUGACAAUAAACCCGAUAUUGUUGUCCCAAACUACUGGUCAUACAACAUUGGUGUUCUCCUUAACACAGGCAAUGGGACGUUUCUUCCUCAAACUACUUACUCAACUGGUACUAAUCCAACCUCAGUCGCAGUAGCUGAUAUGAAUGGUGACAAUAAACCCGAUAUUGUUUACUCAAACUACAAUUCGGACGGUGUGGGUGUUCUCCUCAACAAAGGCAAUGGCACGUUUCUCAAUCAAACGACUUAUCCAACCGGCAGUGAGUCAUACUCAGUCGUCGUAGUCGAUGUGAAUGGUGACAACAAACCCGAUAUUAUUGUCGCAAACUACGAUUUGAACAACGUCGGUGUUCUCCUCAACAAAGGCAAUGGCACGUUUCUCAAUCAAAUUACUUACCCAACUGGCACUAAUCCAGACUCAGUCGCAGUAGUGGAUAUGAAUAGUGACAACAAACCGGAUAUUGUUGUCGCAAACGGUGGUUCGAACAACGUCGGUGUUUUCCUCAACAAAGGCAAUGGCACGUUUCUCAAUCAAAUUACUUACUCAACUGGCACUAGUCCAAACUCAGUCGCAGUAGUGGACGUAAAUGGUGACAACAAAUCGGAUAUUGUUGUCGCAAACCGACAUUCGAACAACGUCGGUGUUUUCCUCAACAAAGGUAAUGGCACGUUUCUGAAUCAAACUACUUACUCAACUGACAGUGGUCCAGGCUCACUUACAGUAGUCGAUGUAAAUGGUGACAACAAACCGGAUAUUGUUGUCGCAAACCGAGAUUCGAACAACGUCGGUGUUCUCUUUAACUGUUGA